AUGUUUCUUUCAACUACAGAAAAUACACUAACAUAUUCACCAAACUACUCACCAAACUUAAAGCAAAAUGGAUAUUUCGAUGAUAAAAGCAUGAUGAGUCAAAAGAAAACUUAGAUCUCAAGUUCUGAUUUCAAGCCAACUCCAUCUUACCUUAACAAAAACUACAUUUCAACCAAUUCAUCAGAUAUUAACCAGUUUGACUACAACAUAGAUGCUUAGACCUUUAGUAAUAGCGCCAAUAAAUAGAGAGCAUUCUCUCAGAAUAUCAAAGCUAAGUGGGAAAAUCCUGUAAAAGAUUAAGAGGCGUAGCGUGGAGUGCAUAAUUUUAAGGAGGAGGUAACAGAAAUUCGUAAUUUCUUAGAUCUCCUUCACUCAAAACAUGAGUCAGUUAAUAAUCAAGAUUAUCCCCCAGGAGUACCAUCCUAUGAGGAAUGUUUGGGCAGAAAAGAUGAUGUUAAUUAAGCAAUUGAUAUGAUUAAAGAUAGAAGAAAUACCUAUAAACUUAGAAGCCCAUAAAAACCAUUCAGAAGAAAUCAACCAGCUCCUGUUGUCCCUCAAAAAACUAUAAUGGAGAGAAUGGAGUAGGAUGCAUUUGCCAGAUAGCUAAGAGAUGUAUUCUUUGAGUAAUGGAAUAACUCAAAGAUUAUGUGCGUCCAAGGAUAGUAUCAUAAGAAAAUGUGA